GGCGCUUAGAAGAUGGCAGUGUCUGGAACGUAGGAUGACCAGAGAACCUGAACUAGGCGCUGCACUCAGAGCAAAAAUGGAAGAUUAUUUGCGUAAAGGAUAUGCGCGGAAGAUGACGACCGAUGAAUUGAGGCUACCAUAUGAACGCAUUUGGUACUUACCAAUAUUUCCGGUGUUCAAUCCAAAUAAGCCGGGGAAACUGAGAAUCGUUUGGGAUGCUGCUGCUGCUGUGAACGGCGUUUCGUUGAACUCAGUGCUAAUGACCGGUCCAGAUCAGCUAACAGAACUCCCAGCAGUACUCUACAAGUUCCGCCAAUAUCCGGUGGCCAUAGGAGGAGACGUUCGUGAAAUGUUUCACCAGUUACGAAUGAAUGAGAUGGAUCAACAUUGUCACCGAUUUUAUUUCAGCAUGGAUGAGAAUCAAAAGGAACCCGACGUAUACAUUUUGCUCGUUAUGUCUUUUGGAGCGACUUGCUCACCGAGCCUUGCCCAAUUCGUUAAAAACGAAAACGCGGAACGCUUUCGGCGUCGCUUUCCAACCGCAGUGGACGCAAUCAUAAAAUCACAUUACGUUGACGAUAUGUACACGAGUGUCCCCACCAAAAAGGAAGCAAUCGUUCUAGCCAAGCAAGUCAAGGAAAUUCAUUCUCACGGUGGGUUUGAGAUGACCAACUGGGUUUCUAAUUCGCCAGAUGUACUUGAAGCUCUGGACGCAUCAGAGGUUCCUGAAAAGAAUUUAGACACGACGAUCGAAGUUGCCAAUGAAAAGGUACUCGGGAUGUGGUGGUCGACGGAAUCAGAUGUUUUUACCUACAAACUAUUCCUGCAACGCAACAAGGAUAUCCUUUCUGGAACGCGACGCCCUACUAAAAGGGAACUUUUGAGAACCAUGAUGAGUGUCUAUGACCCUCUCGGUCUCAUCGCACACUAUUUGAUGUUUUUGAAGAUGCUUUUGCAGGAGGUCUGGCGAUCCGGAGUCGGUUGGGACGAUUGUAUUGCUGAACGUGAAUGGGAGAAAUGGAAUAUCUGGCUGCAGUUUCUGCCCUCGCUUGAAAAUUUACGGAUUCCCCGCUGUUACCGUCUGAAGACAUCGAUAAACUCCUCCGUUCAACUCCACACUUUCGUGGAUGCUAGCGAGAACGGAUAUGCCGCUGUAUGUUAUUUCCGGUUUGAAGAGGAUGGCCGAGUCGAAUGCACGCUGAUUGGGGCAAAAAGUCGUGUCGCACCACUUAAAUUUGUAUCUAUACCGCGUUUGGAAUUACAGGCAGGUAUCAUCGGUGCUCGAUUGGCAAAGGCCGUAGAACAAGGCCAUACAUACAAAAUAUCGAAACGGUUCUUCUGGACUGAUGCUCGUAACGUUUUAUGCUGGCUGAACUCCGAUCAUCGAAGAUACAGCCAGUUCGUUGCCUUCCGUGUAAGCGAGCUGCUGGAGACAACGGAUCUUACUGAAUGGCGAUGGGUGCCAACCAAAUUAAACGUGGCCGACGAAGCCACAAAAUGGAAAUGUGCACCGAGUCUUAAGUAUGAUAGUCGUUGGUUCAAGGGCCCCGAAUUUCUGCUACAACCGGAAGAAAACUGGCCGAAGCUUCCAGCUUUAGAAUCCUCCAAGGAAGAACUCCGUUCAAAUUUUUUAAACCACCAUGACGUUGAUAAUUGGGUGGUUACACCAGCGAACUUUUCAAGUUGGAAGCGUUUGCUUCACACCGUGGCAUUUGUGAUGCGGUUCCCAAGAAAUUUGAGGAGAAUGAAAGCUGCAGAAACACCGACAGCUGGACCGUUGUCUGCGGAGGAAUUAACCGAUGCUGCAAAUUACAUCUAUCGCCGAGCUCAAGAGAAUGUCUACGGAGAGGAAAGAAAGUUGCUUGCUAAACCCAACCGUGCUAAUGGUACUCCGAUUCUUCCCAAAAGCAGCUCUCUAUACAAAGUCGAACCAUAUCUUGACGAUGCUGGGGUAAUGCGUAUGCGUGGUCGCAUCGGCGCGUGCGAUUUAAUUGAUGAAUCUACAAAACAUCCGGUUAUUCUUCCUCGAAAACAUCACAUCACCUCUCUAAUCAUCCAAAAAGCUCAUGAGGAAUUUCUUCAACAGUGUCAUCAGACUGUUUUGAACGAAAUCCGACGCAGAUACUAUAUACCGCGGUUGCGGACAGUGUACAGUAAAACUCGUCGGGAUUGCCAGAAGUGCAAAAUAAUGACAGCUAAGCCACAGCCUCCUCCCAUGGCCGACUUACCAAAGGCUCGUCUCGCCGCCUUUGUUAGACCAUUUUCAUACUUAGGUAUUGAUUACUUUGGUCCGAUGCAGGUGGUAGUUGGUCGCCGUGUCGAAAAGCGCUGGGGCGUACUAGCCACUUGUCUGACUACUCGAGCAAUUCACAUCGAGCUGGCUCAUUCAUUAACAACGGAUUCCUGCAUCAUGUGUCUGCAAAACAUAAUAGCGCGACGUGGGACUCCUGUCGAGAUCAUAAGUGAUCGAGGAACAAAUCUAAUCGGUGCAAGUAAAGAGCUAAAAGAAGCUUUAGGAAAGGUAGACAAGGAACGUUUAAUGAAAGAGUUCACAACCGAGAACCUCAAAUGGGUCUUCAAUCCACCUGCUUCCCCUCAUAUGGGGGGAAGCUGGGAAAGACUGAUACAAUCAGUGAAAAAAAUUUUGACCAGUAUUCUCCCGACCCAACGACUACCUACCCAUGAAGCACUCAGAAACGCUCUUGUUAUGAUAGAAAAUGUUAUUAAUUCACGCCCUUUGACCUACGUACCAGUUGACGACGAAGCAGCCCCGGCACUCACUCCAAAUAGUUUUUUGCUGGGAUCCACAGAUGGCUCAAAACCUUUAGUACUUCACGAUGACAGCGGUGUAGCUCUUCGAAGUGCCUGGAAAUCAUCACAAAUAUUGGCAAACAAGUUUUGGAAGAAAUGGCUAGAAGAGUAUCUUCCUGAAAUAACCAGGAGAAGUAAAUGGUUUACGGCCGGUCGUCAGAUCCAGAUUGGAGAUAUCGUGAUUGUUGUGGACCCAAGUUUCCCACGAAAUUGUUGGCCAAAAGGCAGGAUUAUCGCGACGAAGGUAUCCAAAGAUGGUCAAGUUAGAUCAGCGACGGUGCAGACAGCGGCAGGCAUUUACGAGCGCCCGGCAGUUCGUCUGGCAAUGCUGGAUGUAGGUGCAGAUAGAAGUGACCAGGAUCAGGAUCCAAUCACUGGGGGGGCUGUUGCGACACCCCUCGUGUAGCAACGCACCUUCAAACCAGCUAUAAGGUCUAACUGACACACUCAAACCUUGUUUUGAUCAAACCUUAAAAUUAGUUCGCUUAGUCGGUUGACAAGUAGAAAAAAUUACAAUAGAUAGUGGAAAAACGUGGCUUGAUUACUAAAGUGGUUUCUGAAUUCUUUAUAUCCAAUUUAUAAAUUUCUUUGAAUUACUGUAUCCUAUUCCGUUUGAAGCUUGAAGUAAGUUAGAAGAAUUCGAAUAAUAAUAAAUUAAUCGCUCAGGUGUAGGUUGAUUGAUUGUCUCCACUUAUAUUCCGUGAGGUCGUGCGAGAUACUCGAAUUUGAGGUAUUUUAUAUAAUAAAUGGCUCAAAAUAGCCUACUAAUUGUUGAUAUAUACAGGUGUACCUAUUCAGGUUCCAUUCAAUAUAGUUCAGGGAACGAAUGCAACGAAUUCCACGAAACCCACAAACGUAAGCAUAAUGUGUUUUAAAGUAAAAAUUGAAAAAAUAUAAUGUGGAAUCAUGAUGCCUACAUGAUGCUUGCCUAACAAAUGAUGAGUCCAUCAAGACGGCAUACUCAGCAAUUUAUUGCUAUUUAUGCAGAACGUCCUUGAAUGUACCGAGGAACUGGAAAACCGGAAUAGCCAAGCUAUUUCUGUUAGGGUAGUCACGAUUCACAUGUAUGCUGAAUUAAUUUUUCUUAAAGGAGCAGGGAAAAUAGGAAAAAGUACGAAGUCAAGAAAGUAUUGAAUUAGAAAAAAAAAUGUUUUAUUUUCAAAUGAAUGUGGGAAACAUAUGUGAAUAAAUAAUAAAGCCACAAAAGGGAAUAAAGAAAUAAUCAACGGGAAAUAAUUUUCAUUAUUGUAGUGCAGGAAUAUGAAAAAAAAAUUAAUCGAAAUCUUUUUCUUUUCUUUUCCGAGUUUUUUUUUGUGUUUUGCGAGUUUUUUUUCUCUCCACAUAGUGUAUUCGAAUGCGGAGCAACAGAACGGACAAGGGGGUCGACACCCGGAAUGAACGUGCUAGAGUGACGCAGAUGCAUUGAUGGGAGGAGAGGAAGACCGUACAACCCAAACCUCAACCUGGUCAAAAAAGGGGGAGGCGCACAGAACCUUACAUCGCAAUCUGACAGCCAUACAAGAACCUAGUCUUGAGACCGAACCAUCAAAUCGACUAGACCGUUGGCAACAAACCCAAGAGUAUGUUCGCAGAAUAUGGAAGCAGUGGCAGGCGGAAUAUUUAUCCGGUUUACAACCACGAACGCGAUGGACACGUCAACGUAACAACAUUGCGCAAAACACCAUGGUAUUGCUGAAGGACGACAAUCUUCCUCCACUCAAAUGGAGAUAUGGACGAGUUCUACAUGUUUUCAAGGGAACGGACAACAAUGUGCGUGUUGUAACAGUACGCACGAAGGAUGGUGAAUUUCGCCGAAGCAUCUCCAAGAUCUGCAUCUUACCUAUACAACAGCCUACGCAGUCAUCGAGUGGCAAGGCCACUGAAUCAGACGCAGAAAUAUAAAACGUCAACGAUCGCAGGAUACCAUCGCGCAACGCUGGGAGGUCUGAGGGCCUCCCAUCCGUGUAAGUCUUGUUAAUUUAAUAAAUUAUGAAAAAACUAAUAGAAUGUUCCAUCUUCCAUCGGUCGACGAUCGUUUGCUCCAACCCACAACCAAGAGCAACCCCCCAAUUGAGAACCAGGCAAUAAGGUGCUGCCCUGCUGAGGUGGAACUGUUGCUGAAAGGAUCAAUCAAUAUCAUCAGAGUAAACUGGAGCAGAUACACUUUUCAAUCUUCAUUCGCACAAAUCAGGAUCAUCGUCCUAAGGUUUAGGACCCGUGGAGGCCGGUUGCCUCCAUCCAGUUAAGUGUUGUUUUAAUGCUUCAUUACUGUUUAAAAAGCCGCUCAUGUUUUAUUCCAGUAUAAUCCAGCAACGACGAGCGACGGUACCAAGGGCUCCAGCGUUAAUGGCCUAGGACGAAGAAAAUCCACCGCUUGAUGAAUCCCGCUAACCAAACUGCCAAGGUCCAUUCAUAGGCAACCGAGUGUUCGGAGAAGGAGCCACACCCAGGAGACACACACGAUUUGAAGAAGGAGUCAAACCCAGAAGACGAUGAACCGAUGGAACCCGAAAUCACUUGCAAGCAGUAACCAGAAUAUGAAGAAAGGAGGAGAAGCAGAAUUUUAAACACUCAGUUACUAGAAAUGAAUUAAGAGGAACUGAAGUAUUUAGACAGAUAGAUAAUUUAGAAUUGAAUUGUUAAAAAGACGCCUUUUUAACGGUGGCCGGCAUAUUUCGCAAAACCCGAAGAAUCGCGGUUACACAGAUAAUAUGACACAAUUAUACACAUUUAUAUAAUAUUGAAAAAAAAAUAUAUCAAAACAUUUAGUACACUUACAGAAAACAAGCCUUACAAUCGAUUUUAGGAGAAACUCUUCUAGUUUCCCCUAAAACUCAUUGAGUAGGGGGAGAUGCAGCGACCCCAUAAUAACAGACGGGUUUAUUUACCCAAGUUUACGAUAGGGCCCGAUUGAUGCAAAAUAUAUACAUCUUUAUCGCACGAUCCUUAUUGCGGAUCGUGUAAAUAAGUUUCCGAUAAGGACGGGUCGAUCCCGAGCCUAAAUAAAUACAUCUCUCCUCGCACGAUCCUUAUUUGCGGAUCGUGUGAUUCAUAGUUCGUUUUAUUUAUUCUAAAAGAGUUUUAUGAUAGGGACAAAGCUAAUCGCAAGUUCGUUUUGUUUAUUGUAAAGGAAGACGAAAUAGAUAUACCAAACUUGGGUAUAGAGAGAUAGGCAGAAAUAGAAUAAAGUACAGGGAGUUCGUUUUUGGCUGUUAGAGGAAGAA